UUCAUACCAAGUUGCAGUUGGUAGAAUUAUUUACCAAGGCUCUCCAACCUGGUCCUUUUUCUUCAAUUUCUAGCAAGAUGAGUAUGCAUAACAUACACACUAAUCUUGAGGGGGAGUCUUAAGUAUAUAUUAAUCAUGUUUAUAUUGUAUAUAGAUUAUUAAAGUUAGUUUGUCUGUAUACAGAUAAAUAGUGUGAAAGGUAAUUACAAAAGUGACUGUCUCGAGAAAUGAAAUUCCCGAGGUAUUCCCAAUUCUUCUUCCACCUUCUUCACUCUCCAGCCUCGCUAGACCGGUGCCCUAAUCCCAACUAGCCUUCUGUUUUUCCGGAUCUUAUUUUAUUUGAAAUAAUUUGCAAAUUUUACACCGCAGUCAAGCGCCUGCCAGGAGUUGGAUUUUGCUCUGCGGCUUGUCCCUUUUAGGGAUAUUGAUAUUGGCUAGUAAAUCUAAUUAACGUCCGUUCCCUGUUCUUUUAUAUAGAGAUUUGCUGAAGAAGAAGACAGAGAUCAAUUGCUGAAAUUAAUCUUCACUCAGAUGGAGAAGGAAACUAAGGUCUGUGUGACAGGUGCAGCAGGCUACCUAGGUUCUUCCCUCGUCAAAAAGCUGCUAGAAAAGGGGUACAUCGUCCAUGCAACAACAAGGAAUUUGGGAGAUCCGAAUAAGAUCGGGCUUCUUAAAAGCCUUCCAAAUGCAGAAACCAGAUUAAGGUUGUAUGAAGCUGACAUAUAUAAUCCCAGUCAGUUUGAACAUGCAAUUGAAGGCUGUCGAUUCGUUGUUCAUAUGGCCACUCCCUUACAACAUGAACCCCAGAAUUCUCAGUUCAAAGAUACAUCUGAGGCUGCAGUUGCUGGAGUGAAGAGCAUUGUGGAGUCUUGCAUCAGAUCAGGAUCAGUGACGCGACUCAUUUACACAGCUUCGAAUGUAGCAGCGUCAGCUUUAAGAGAAGAUGGGGAAGGCUUUAAAGAUCAGUUAGAUGAAUCCUGUUGGACUCCCAAAGAUGUUGCUCUUCCUUACACCACUGAGUACUUAAUGGGUUAUGUUAGCUCAAAAACCGCUUCCGAGAAAGAGUUGCUGAGGUAUGAUAGUGAGAUAGAAAUUGUGAGCCUCGCUUGUGGGCUUGUGGGAGGGGACACCCUUCACUCUAGCAUGCCGGAAAGCACGGGAGUGCUCAUUUCACAAGCCACGAAGAACAAAAGGAGGUAUAACAUUCUAAGGUUUUUGGAGGAAUUGUUGGGAAAAGUCCCAAUUUUACACAUUGAGGAUGUUUGUGAUGCUCAUAUUUACUGCAUGGAGACGCCCUCUAUCAGAGGCAGACUUCUCUGUGCCAGCGCAUAUUUGAGUUCUGCAGAUAUUGCGAGUCACUGUCAAAAAAUUUAUCCAGAUAUCGAAAUACCUGAUGAGUUUGUGGAGAACUUGGGGAGAGAAAUCCAUUGGGGCUCUACCAAGCUGAAAGAAAUUGGAUUUGAGUACAAAUGUGAUGUCAAAACGAUACUAGAAGACAGUAUCAACUGUGGGCUGAAGCUGGGUGAAUUUUCAAUAUUCUGAACCGGACCCUUUGUUAAUUGCUAUCCUUUGAUUAGAAGUACAUACUGUGAAGACUCCAAUUUUCGUUUUCAAUGAAUAAAGGGGAUGUCACUAUUAUCAGACACUUUAACCAA